AUGAAUACCUAUGUUUCAAAAUUGCUUCAGGAUGAGGCUGGCAUUGUUCCUGAGACCGAGGACAGCCCUUCAACAGCUGUGGAGCCUAACCCUGUUGGACUAGUUCUUCACGUUGGUGAGGUUGCAGACCGGUCUAUGAUGGAUGCUGCAGCUGAACACAAGAAGAAGAAGGGGGUGAUGGAAGUGGAGUCUCCUCUGACACAGACCAAGCAUCACCCAGUUAUCCUGUUUUCUUUCUUUUUACUUUGA